AUGUCGCGCGAGGAGAAGAGCAAAGAAAAAGAGAACGAUUUUUUUCUCGACGCUACCGAAGAAACCGAUAUCGAAGCUGUUAACUACGAAAGCGAAAGUAGUCAUGAGAAUGAUGGUGGCAGUUACGAUGAGCUUGAUCGCAAUGAAGGACAACCUGAAUCUUUCUCUUCUCAACAAUGGCCACAAACUUUCAAUGAGGCUAUUGAUCCAUUGACGAUUAAUGCUCCGAAUCUUGGAUCGAUUCUGAGAGGGCCGAGUGUUCUAUACCCGAGCUUUGUGGGUUCAAAGAGUUACUUAGAGUUACAAGAUGGAAAGGCUUCUUUUCUGUCUGGGAGUCAAAUUCAGGAAGGGUUUCCUAGACAAUCGACAUGGUGGGAAAAAGCUUCAAUUCAAAUGCAUGUUCCUGAAGAAUUGCCUCAUGGUUAUGGAUGUACCUUCACUCAGACUAUAUUUAAUGGGAUUAAUGUGAUGGCUGGUGUUGGGCUUCUUUCUACACCUGAUACUGUGAAGCAAGCUGGGUGGGCCAGUUUGUUGGUGAUGGUUAUUUUUGCAGUUGUGUGCUGUUAUACAGCAGAACUAAUGAGACAUUGCUUUCAAAGCAGAGAAGGCAUCCUUAGCUACCCAGAUAUAGGAGAAGCUGCAUUUGGAAAAUAUGGUCGAGUUAUUAUAUCAAUUGUUUUGUACAUUGAAUUAUAUUCAUAUUGUGUUGAAUAUAUCAUCAUGGAAGGUGAUAACCUUACUGGUCUUUUUCCUGGAACAUCCUUGCAUUGGGGAGGUUUGGAUUUGGAUGCCAAGCACUUAUUUGCAAUUUUGACUGCACUUGUUAUUCUCCCUACUGUUUGGUUGAAGGAUCUUCGUAUAGUCUCCUAUCUCUCAGCCGGAGGGGUUAUUGGUACAACUUUGAUCGCUAUUUGUGUGGUUGUUGUUGGGACAAGAAGUGAUGUUGGAUUCCAUCAGACUGCUCCAUUCGUGAAGUGGAAUGGCGUUCCAUUUGCUUUUGGUAUCUAUGGGUUUUGCUUUGCAGGACAUUCAGUUUUUCCCAAUAUAUAUCAGUCUAUGGCUAACAAAAGAGAAUUUACAAAGGCAAUAAUCACAUGUUUUGUUUUGCCCAUGUUUCUAUAUGGAGGUGUUGGAAUCGCGGGAUAUCGCAUGUUUGGUGAAAAGACAUUGUCCCAGAUAACAUUGAAUCUACCACCAAAUGCACUUGCUACCAAAGUCGCUUUGUGGACUAUAGCAAUUAUUCCGCUAACUAAAUAUGCUUUGAUGAUGAACCCACUGGCAAGAAGUGUAGAGGAAUUGUUGCCUGCUAGCAUCUCAAACACUAAUUGGUGUUUCCUUCUUCUAAGAACAGCACUGGUUAUAUCUACUGUUUGUGCUGCUUUUGUGAUUCCAUUUUUUGGGCUAGUGAUGGCUUUAAUUGGUUCUCUCCUCAGUGUUCUUGUGGCAGUGAUAUUGCCCGCUUUAUGUUUUCUAAGAAUUGUGGGCAAAAAGGCAACAAAUACACAGGUUGCUCUCAGUGUUGUAAUUACUGUAUGGGGAAUAGUUUGUGCUGCUUUUGGAUCAUAUUCAUCUCUAUUAAAGAUUGUGCAGCAGCACUGA